CUCUUUGAACCAAAUUAAAAAAAAUAAAAAGACAAAUCCGAAACAUAAGCGUGUGGAUACGAAAGAUCUCAAAGAUUCGUCGUCACUCCUAAAUUUCUCAUCUUUCCCUGCAUCUUGAUGGGUUCUGUAAUGAGCUUGAGCUGUUCCAAGAGGAAAGCAACGAGUCAAGACGUGGAAUCCUCAAACGAAUCUCGUAAAAGACGAAAGACUUGUUCAGAUAACGAUGUUGAUGUUGAUGGUGAUGAUGAUGAGUUUUGCAGAUUGAUUCCAAGUCUUCCUGAUGAGUUAUCUAUACAGAUUCUUGCUAGGCUUCCUAGGAUCUGUUACUCGAGUGUUCGGUUGGUUUCACGGAGGUGGAGAUCGGCUGUUUCGACUUCUGAGGUGUAUGGUUUGAGGAAAGAGCUUGGGAGAACUGAGGAGUGGCUCUAUGUGCUUACCAAAGGUCAGGAGGAUAAGCUUUUGUGGUAUGCUUUAGAUCCUGUCUCCACGAAAUGGCAGAGAUUGCCUCCUAUGCCGGUUGUUGUCUACGAAGAGGAGUCUAGAAGGAGUUUGUCUGGUUUGUGGAACAUGGUUGGUCCGAGUUUUAAAGUUACUGAGAUUGUGAGGAGCUUGUUUGGUAGGAAGGACACCUCUGAGCAAAUGCCGUUUUGUGGUUGUGCUAUUGGUGCGGUUGAUGGGUGUCUUUACGUUCUUGGUGGGCUCUCUAGGUCUAAAACAGUGAGCUGUGUUUGGAGGUUUGAUCCGAUUUUUAACUCGUGGAGUGAGGUGAGCUCUAUGUUAGCGAGCCGGGCUUAUUCUAAAACAGGUGUGUUGAAUAAGAAACUAUAUGUUGUUGGAGGUGUUGAUAGGGGACGGGGAGGUUUAGCUCCGCUUCAGUCAGCUGAGGUUUAUGAUCCGAGUACGGAUGCUUGGUCAGAGGUUCCGAGUAUGCCUUUCUCAAAGGCGCAAGUGUUACCAAACGCGUUUUUGGCUGACUUAUUGAAGCCUAUCGCCACGGGAAUGACUUGUUACAAUGGUAUGUUAUGUGUUCCUCAGAGUUUGUACUCUUGGCCUUUCUUUGUUGAUGUUGGAGGAGAGGUUUAUGACCCUGAGACAAAUCUCUGGGUUGAAAUGCCGUCUGGUAUGGGUGAAGGCUGGCCUGCGAGGCAAGCAGGUACAAAACUAAGUGUUGUGGUGGAUGGGGAGUUAUAUGCAUUUGAUCCUUCUUCUUCGAUGGAGAAUGGGAAGAUUAAAGUAUAUGAUCAAAAGGAAGAUACUUGGAAAGUUGUUAUUGGGGAAGUCCCUAUUUACGACUUGACAGAUUCAGAAUCUCCUUAUUUGCUUGCUGGGUUUCACGGCAAGCUUCAUUUCAUUACUAGAGACACUAACCAUAACGUUACAGUCUUACGAGCUGAUGUCCCCAACAUCCCAGUGUCAUCACCAUCAUCUAGCUCCAGUUCUGUUUCGGGUUCACGGUCUUUGAGUGAAAAGGGCAAUGCACCUAACAAGUCAGACACUGUUAUCUGGAAGCUCAUUGCAACCAAAGACUUUGGUGCUGCUGAACUUGUUAGCUGCCAAGUUAUAGAUAUAUAACAAAGUCAAGAAGCUUUUUCCCAUUUCUCGUGGGACAUUGAGAAAUCUCUGUGUACAGCCAGAAGCAAAAACCUGAAGCUUAUGAGAUGUUCUUCCAAAGAUUUUAAUCUAUUAAAUCGAUGAUAGAUUCUUCUGGCAUUUGGCUGCCAAAGUAAGCCUGAGUAAUAAAAUGUUGUGACAAAUAUAUAGUAAUGCGAUUGUUUUAUCGAUACCCUUGACACAUGGGCAAACAUAAACCAUAGCAUUUACAUUACCUUGUAGUUUAAUUGCAAAAGUUCUGAAUCUGUAACAUCAACUUGCUUUCUGCAUA